CCAUGGAGAUGGUUGCGGUGUGACGCUCCUGGUCCCCAGGAAGUAGCUCCAUCUGUAAACGCACGGAGAAAUGGACGAUAAUCUUCAACUCGGAGACAGUGGAGUUGUAAAGAAUGUUGCAAAGUUAGGUCGACGGGCUCGCCAGGCUGCAGAGCAAACAUCUUCAGUGGAGGAGUCUCGACACGUCAGAAAAUCCUCUUCUUCUACGUCGAUGGGAGAGGUACCCCCUCCUAAACCAGCCCGCAGGCAGGGCGGCUGGGCUGAGGAGACUUCUGGAUCUGGAUCAGCCAAGUCUGGAAGAAGGCCUGCCAUGGUGGAGGACGUGGAAGACCGACGCCUUCGACCACAAACCCCCCAGGGCUCGGAUGAUGAAGGAGAUAUACCAGUUAUUCCAGACCUUGAUGAAGUACAAGAGGAAGACCUUACCAUGCAAGUUGCUGCUCCUCCAAGCAUCCAGGUGAACCGGGUAAUGACAUACAGAGAUCUGGACAAUGACCUCAUGAAGUACUCUGCCUUCCAGACCCUGGAUGCAUCCAAUAUCAAUCCCCUCUCUCUGAGGAGUAUGUUUCUGCACGCUCAGUGUGUUCUCAUAAGGCCUCUCCCUAGGAUGGGGAGAUUGACUUGAAGCUCCUCACCAAGGUUUUGGCUCCAGAGCAGGAGGUGCGGGAGGAGGAUGUGGGUUGGGACUGGGAUCGUCUGUUUACGGAGGUGUCCUCAGAGCUGCUGACGGAAUGGGAUCAAGGAGAGAAGGAGGAGUUAUGAUGUGUUAUGAUGACGAGCCUCCCCAGGAUGCGAUCGGGUGGACCAGGAUGCCUCCUCUGGGACCUGGGUGGGUGCAUGUCAAUGCUCUGUCCAAACAUAGGGACCAUCAAGUAUAUGUAGCUUGUUGUUCAUAUUCCAAAUUCAGUGCACAAUGUAUUUAUUUUUUCUAAUAAAUUUAAACACGCCA